CGCACCGGAGCCUGCCUGAGGAGAAGGCUCCUCAGGCCGAGCAGAGAUACCUGCACUCCGCUCCUCUGACCCCCGCUGUCCCCGGGUACUCCGCUCCUCUGACCCCCGCUGUCCCCGGGUACUCCGCUCCUCUGACCCCCGCUGUCCCUGUGUACUCCACUCCGCUGACGUCCUUUGUCCCUAGGUACUCCGCCCCACUGAGCACCGCUCUGAGGCUCCUGUCAGAGUACUUACCGGAGUCCACACCGGAGUCCAGACCAGAGACCAUGGUGGUCACUGCUCCUCUGACCUGGCUCGUCAUGCUGCUCUGCACUGUGACCCCUCUUGCCGCUGCCCCCUCUUGGAGACCUCACCGCAGCAGCAAAGGGCGCAUGUGGCACAUCACAGACCUUCACCUGGACCCGACUUACCGCCUGGGCCCUGACCCUGCCCACGUAUGCGCCUCAUCCAAAGGGUCCCCCGCUGUGGCCCCCGGUGUGUACGGGGACUACUUGUGUGACGCUCCCUACAGCCUGCUCUCGUCAGCUCUGGACCACCUGUCCAAGAUGGUCUCUCCCGAGGACUUUGUCAUCUGGACCGGGGACAGUCCUCCUCAUGUUCCUCCUUCAGAACUUUCCACAGACCUGGUCGUUCAGGUUUUGUCCAACCUCACAAAGUCCAUCAGCGAAAAGCUUCCCAACGUCACUGUGUACCCCGCCCUCGGUAACCACGACUACUGGCCUCAGGAUCAGAUGCCUGACUCUCCUAAUGACAUCUACAGAGCAGUGUCUCGACUGUGGGCACCGUGGCUCCAGGAGGGGGCGCUACGCACCUUUCAACAAGGAGGGUUCUAUUCCCAGGUGGCGCGGCCGGGCCUCAGAAUCAUCUCUCUGAACACGAUCUUGUACUACGGCCCAAAUCGAGUGACUCAGAACAGCUCCGACCCCGCAGGACAGUUCACCUGGCUCCUGCGAACUUUAGAGGAUGCUGAGAGGGACAGAGAGAAGGUGUAUGUGAUCGCGCACGUGCCUGUGGGGUUCCUCCCGUUCACGCAGAAUACAACGGCAAUGAGACGAGAACACAACGAGCGUCUGGUGGCCAUCUUCCUGCGUUUCAGUCAUGUGAUUAGUGGCCAGUUCUAUGGCCACACCCACCGAGACACCAUCAUGGUCCUGAGAGACCAAACAGGUGCGGCGCUGAACAGUGCAUUUGUGGCUCCUUCUGUGACUCCCAUCAGGAACGUCAAAGAACCCUCCUCCAACAACCCGGGAUUCAGAGUCUACCUGUUCCAACUGGACUCCUACUCUGUGCAGGACCUGUGGCAGUUCUACCUGAACCUGACGGAGGCUAACAUCCAGCAGAGUGCGCAGUGGCGCUUGGAGUAUGUGAUGACUGAGGCCUACGGUCUGAGGAACCUGAGUCCGGGGUCUCUUCUGGGUUUGGGGUUCAGCUUGAUCCCGCCAGUGAGUAAGGCAUUCCAAACCUAUUUCGCCCACUUCAAUGUGAACUUCAACCCUCAACUCCCCUGUGAGGGCAUCUGCAAAGUCAACCAGGUCUGUGCGGUCCUCCACGUGGACCAGAGAGGGUACCAGGACUGUAUCAGCGCAGGGUGGGUCUGAACUGUGACUGAGCCAGGUCUGAGCCAGGUCUGUGCCAGGUCUGAGCCAGGUCUGAGCCAGGUCUAAACCAGGUCUAAACCAGGACUUAUGAAGGCUAUAGAUUUGGACCAGGUCAGGACUUGGUUGUGUGUCUUGAAGCCAGUGUUUUGUUCUUGUCUGUGGGUUUGGGGGAUGUGGGUCUGAUGCUGGUUUUGGUUUAAAACUCUAAAAAAAACUCUUGGUACAAACUUGUAUUUUUGUAAUAAACAUGCAUCAAACA